UAGAACCGAGUCGGUGACGGCGCGACCAGUGCAACCAGUGACCGAUCAAGCGCAAAAGUUGUCGCGUUUUAUGUGGGCAUAAUUUACGAUUUAUCGCGGACGGAAUUGCAACUUUUCAUCUUCGAUGCAGCAUCCAGCAACAACAAUAUCCACAAUAACAACAACAACAACUUGCUUAUGAGAUGGAUCCAAAAAAUAUUGCCAAAACGUGUGCCAUGAAGGAGAAAAGCAAAAAUGCUGCACGCACGCGACGUGAAAAGGAAAAUACAGAAUUCUGCGAAUUGGCCAAAUUAUUGCCAUUGCCAGCGGCAAUUACAUCCCAAUUGGAUAAGGCCUCAGUUAUACGAUUGACCACAUCGUAUUUGAAAAUGCGCCAAGUGUUUCCCGAUGGACUGGGCGAAGCCUGGGGCUCCUCACCGGCCAUGCAGCGAGGCGCAACCAUCAAAGAGUUGGGCUCACAUUUACUGCAAACGCUGGACGGCUUCAUCUUUGUGGUGGCACCCGAUGGCAAAAUCAUGUACAUCUCAGAGACAGCCUCCGUGCACUUGGGUCUUAGUCAGGUGGAACUGACAGGCAACUCCAUAUUCGAGUAUAUACACAGUUAUGAUCAGGAUGAGAUGAAUGCCAUAUUGUCGCUGCAUCCGCACAUGCAUCAGCAUCCAGCUGCCUUUAUCAACUCCCUACAGCUCGCCCAAACACACACGCCCAUUGGCAGUCCGAAUGGUGUACAGCAUCCGACAACCUAUGGCCACGAUCGUGGCUCUCACACCAUUGAAAUCGAGAAGACCUUCUUCCUGCGCAUGAAGUGUGUAUUGGCCAAGCGAAAUGCUGGUCUAACCACUUCUGGUUUUAAGGUGAUACACUGCUCUGGCUAUCUGAAGGCUCGCAUUUAUCCCGACUGCGGCGAUGGCCAAGGUAGUUUAAUACAAAAUCUUGGUCUUGUAGCUGUCGGUCACUCGCUGCCCUCAUCUGCCAUUACGGAAAUCAAACUCCAUCAAAAUAUGUUUAUGUUUCGAGCCAAAUUGGAUAUGAAAUUGAUAUUCUUCGAUGCACGCGUAUCGCAGCUAACCGGCUACGAGCCACAGGACCUUAUCGAGAAGACACUGUAUCAGUAUAUCCAUGCCGCCGAUAUAAUGGCCAUGCGUUGCUCCCAUCAAAUCCUGCUGUACAAAGGACAAGUUACCACCAAAUACUAUCGCUUCCUUACCAAAGGUGGAGGCUGGGUUUGGGUGCAAUCCUAUGCCACAUUGGUGCACAAUUCCCGCUCAUCGCGGGAAGUCUUCAUUGUGAGUGUUAACUAUGUGCUUAGUGAACGAGAGGUUAAAGACUUGGUGCUGAACGAGAUUCAGACGGGAGUGGUGAAACGUGAACCCAUCUCACCGGCAGCCCAGGCAGCAGCGGCGGCGGCAGCGGCAGCAGCAUCCUGUGCGGGAGUAUCCUCAGUUGGUCAGCCAGCUCCCAGUACGCCGGUCAGUUUGGCAUUGAGUGCCAGCCCCAAAUUGGAUCCAUAUUUUGAGCCAGAAUUGCCACCGUUAGGAGUGCAGCAGCCUCAUCCGCCAAAUCCUGUGACUCCUGUGCCAGCAAAUGCCAAUAAUACGAACAACAAUGGCGUGUGGCAUCAUCAACAGUUGCAGCAGCAGCAGCAGCAGCAACAGCAACAACAGCAGCAAGGAGCCAGCAUGGAACACGAUAACCUGAGCUAUACACAGCUUUAUCCGCCAUUAAACGAUCUGGUGGUCAGUUCGAGUAGCAGCGUGGGCGGUGGAACAGCCUCCAGUGCGGGAGGUGGUUCCACAGCCUCUGCGUCAUCAUCCGGUGUUUACUCUACAGAAAUGCAAUAUCCGGAUACCACAACGGGCUCACUUUAUUACAAUAAUAACAAUAAUCAUUAUUACUAUGAUUAUGACUCCACAGUGGAUAUGGCCACAUCGAUGAUACGUCCAUUUUCGGCCAACUCGAAUAGUUGUUCGAGCAGUUCGGAGAGUGAGCGUCAAUUGUCCACGGGCAAUGCAUCGAUAGUGAAUGGCACAUCGCCAUCGCAGACAACCUACAGCGAUCUUAGUCACAAUUUCGAGAUGAGCUAUUUCUCGGACAACAGUUCGCAGCAGCAGCAACAACACCAGCAGCAACAUCUCUUGGAGCAGCAACAUUUGCAAUAUCAACAUCAGCAGCAAUAUGCAUUGCCCCAUCAGCAACAAGUGGCCGGGCAUCAGCAGCAACCACAGCAACAGCAACAGCAGCAACAACAGCAGCAGCAGCAACGAGUUGUCAGCGAUUUUGCAGAGAGUUUUAAGAGUGUUAAUGCUGCUGCGGCAGCUGCUGCUGUUGCUGCCACACCACAUUAUACUAGCGUCAUUGUGGAGCCGCAACAUUAUAUACCCAACGAUUUUGUGCAUUAGCAGCGGCUGCAUGUUGUUGUUCUUGUUGUUUCUAAAACUCAAUUCAAACAAAUUGUUGUUGCAAUGUUAUCGAUCUAUCGAGUUUAUCAAAUAUUGUAUGAUUCAUAUAUGCAUUAUGCGUCCGCUCUCUGAGUUCACAGUUCCCAAUUGUAAUAUGUGGCUGAGCCACAAAAAUCACAAAAAAACCUAAGCAAAAUCUACAAAUUUAUACCAGAAUAACACAAAAACCGCAAAAUCUAUUACUGGUUAAAUCUAAUUCUUAUUUAUUGAACUUUCAUCUUAUUUCUUGGCUUUCGAUCGUUCAUGACGCAAAUGGAAAAUUCGUUGUUAACAAAUGCAGAAAAUACAAAUUUUACUUAUAAGUCAUAGGCUAUAAAAUGUUCAUACAAAACAAAGAAAAGAAAUUGGUACUAACUUAAUAUAUAAUUGCACAUAAUUUAACGUAUAAAUAAAAAUACAUACAUGUACUUAUAGACUAUAUUAAUAAUCACGCGAUAUAUAUAAAUAUA